UUCAGUGAGCUCUCCUUCAUCACGGAACCCAGUGAUGUUGUAGUAAUGACCAGGGAUCCAGUGACCCUGGACUGUGUGGCCCACGGUCAGCCUCCCAUCACCAUCAGAUGGCUGAGGAAUGGAGUCAGGGUAGAGGAGAGCGAACGACUACAGAUCCUGUCCAACGGAUCACUGUACAUACCUGAGGUCAGGAGAGACGGGGAGUCAGACAAAGGGUUCUAUCAAUGCCUCUCUCAGAAUAGAUAUGGAGCCAUAUUAAGCCAAAGAUCCCGACUGACUAUCACAAAUAUCUCAGCGUUCGUGGCGCAUCCUGUGCUUUUGGAGGUGACUGAGGGUUCCGUGGCCAGGUUCACCUGUCAGGUGACCUCUAACCCUCCUGCCAGCGUGACCUGGGAGCUAGACCAAAGCACACUACCGCUGGAGACAGACAGAAUCACAGUCCUGCCCAACGGAGUUCUCCAGAUCCACAACGUCCAGCUAGAGGAUGCUGGGAAGUACCGCUGUGUGGCCACCAAUAUCGGCAACCGCGUCAACAGCAGUGAGGCAACGCUCUCCGUUAUUAAACCAGGUGUUGGCCCUAAGCCCCGUCAGACGCCCCGGAUCGUAGCGGGCCCCCAGAAUGUGACGGUGUCCCUCCACCACACUGUGGUUCUGGAGUGUAUCGCUACGGGCAACCCCAGACCCAUCAUAUCCUGGAGCCGAGCCGACAGUAAACCCAUUGACGUGUACAAUGCCAGGGUGCUGGGCAGUGGGAACCUCUUGAUCAGUAAUGUGAAGCCUCAGCACAAUGGAGUCUACAUCUGUAGAGCCUCCACACCAGGAACUCGUAACUACACCAACGCUGCUGCCAACCUCACCGUGCUCGAGCCUCCGUCCAUGGUGGAGAGGCCAGAGAGCCAGACUCGUCCCAGGGCUGGCACUGCCCGUUUCAUCUGCCAGGCUCAGGGUGUGCCCCCACCUCGCAUCACCUGGCUGAAAAAUGGAGAGGAGGUGCACCUGAACGGCAGGAUCAAGAUGUACAACAGUAAACUGGUGAUCACUCAGAUCAUCCCGGAGGAUGAUGCCAUCUACCAGUGUGUGGCGGAGAACGAGCAGGGCAGCGUUCUGUCCCUGGCACGCCUCAUCGUGGUGAUGUCUGAGGACCGGCCCAGCGCGCCCAGGAACAUCCACGCUGAAACCAUCUCCUCCUCAGCCAUCCUACUGGCCUGGGAGAGACCCAUCUACAACGCUGACAAAGUCAUUGCUUACUCUGUACACUACAUGAAAGCUGAGGGACUAAACAAUGAGGAGUAUCAGGCAGUGAUCGGCAACGACACGACCAGCUACGUCAUAGAUGACCUGGAGCCAGCCUGGAACUACUCUUUCUACAUGGUGGCCUAUAUGCCGAUGGGAGCUAGCCGUAUGUCUGACCGAGUCUGUCAACACACUCUGGAGGACGUGCCCCUACGUACCCCGGAGCUCAGUCUGACCAGCCACAGCCCUACAGACAUCCAGGUGUCGUGGCAACCCCUGUCCACCAAACUGUCCCGUGGUAACAUCUGGGCCUACCGACUCUCCUACCGCACGGCCGCAGACGCCACGGUUCUGUCUGUGGAACUGGCCCAGAACAACACCCAGUACCUCCUCGGUGACCUUCAGCCUGAUACCAUCUACCUUCUCCGGAUCUCUGCAGCCACCAGGGUGGGGUGGUGUGAACCCUCCUCCUGGACCUCCCACCGCACUCCCAAUACCUCCAGUAAUAAAGUGCCACCUGCCCCACUGCUGCAGCAACUGGAGCCUCUCAACUGCACCUCCAUCUUGGUUCGAUGGCAGCCAUCUCCAGGUUCCGUGGUCGUCCAGGGUUACCGGCUCUGUUACCAUGAGGAGGGCCAACCAGAACAGCCCUCCAUCCAGCUCCAGCCUGAGGACACAGAAUACACCAUCAGUGGCCUGGACCCAAGGAGGAAGUACCAUGUGAAACUGUUGGCAUUAAGCCUUGUAGGAGAUGGUUACCAGGCCGACCAGACACUCAGCACCCCAGGAUGUGUGUCUGUACGAGAUCACCCAGUGGCCCAGCCUCCAGCCCCGGACCAUGUGAGUGCGGUGGCUAACAGCUCGUCAACGGUGUACCUGCGUUGGAGCCGUCCUGCCUUCGCCUCUAGGAAGGCUGUCAGCUACACAGCUCGCUGCACACCUGUGGGCCUGAUGAACACAUCAGCCAUACGCUACAUACAGACUACCAACCAGAGUGUGCUGAUACAGCGCCUGGACUCCAACACUCGCUAUGAGUUAAUGGUGCGUCUCCAUGCCGACCAACUGGCCAGUCCCUGGAGCGCGGUUGUCUUUCAGAGGACUCUACCAGCAGCGCCCAGCCACCCUCCCAAAGGUGUGAGGGUGUCUCUGAUUGAGGACGGCACGGCCCUGGUUUCCUGGAGGGAACCAGAGGAGAACAACUUGGCAGUGACGCACUACACCAUCCUGUACGCCUCACAGAGGGCCUGGCUGGCCGGAUACUGGCAGACACUGCAGAGGGAGGGAAGUAACACCAUGGCCCUGCUGGAGCGUCUGGAGCCUGGUAACGUCUACCUGGUGAAGAUCUCUGCCUCCAACCAGGUGGGAGACGGGCCCUUCUCUACUACUGUGGAGCUGGCCCUGGGGCCUGGGUCUAGACACCGAGGGAAGAGCCCCAGGCACUCAGGCAGCGGCUCCUCCUCAGACACCACAGUGUUCUCUGACGGCCAGUAUCACACGGAGCAGAAUUCCAUGACCGGUAUCAUCGUGGGGGUCUGCAUCGCUCUGGCCUGUAUAGUGAUGUGUACCAUCAUCCUCAUCAGCAAAGGCAGAUCCAGGAAAUCUUCCAUCUGUAAGAUCAUGGACGUAGUGAACGCUGAGGGAACCCAUGGUCCACAUACUGGUUUGGCCCUGGCCAAUGAACACCAGGCUGAGAACAUAGAGGCCCUGAUGCCCAUGAUGGCACCUCACUUCAUUGAUGCCAAGGGUGGGACAAACCUGGUGAUUACAGGAGCCGGCCCGGUCUGCGGUAUCAACCGCAGUAAGAGAUGGCAUUUUUUAAGAAGGAGAGAUGCAAUAGAACUACAAGCCAGGCUGAGAACAGAGCACGUCUGUACGAGGCAGGGAAGACCGUUCUGUGUUACGAGGAGAAGGAAGGUGCGCCUCCCCUCCAGCCCUCCAGCCUGCAUAUCCUGUUUGGGCCACUAGGGGACUUGGAGAGCUCCGGGGGCUU